UUAGUCACGCUUGUCCCCUAUCUAGAGAGUGAAAGUCAUGGGAAAGAUAGAGAGCAGAGGACUUGGAAGUCCACACCGAGGCUAUCUGCUCAGAAGAAUAUUAUAUUUCUAUUUAGAUUAAGGACUGCCAUGUACUAUCUACGCGCAAGACUCAAGAACUCUUCAAAUCUGAACAUUUUUCAUCGUUUUCUUGCUACUAGAAGCCGCUACGGAUGGUCAACCUGCUCCAGCACUGCUUGAGGCUGUAUACACUAGCAAACCCUCAUUUGACAUUUGAAGUGUGACUAAAAUAGAAUCUUGUGUCUCAGUUCAAUUAAGUGACAACUUCACAAGAAAAUGUCAUAUUUCACAAGUCUAUUUUUCAAAUCUCAACAUGUUCGAUUAAGUCUGCAGUCCGGAAUAACAAUUGGACAGGUAGAUUCAAUGAGAUCUGUCUGUGCUGACCCUUGAACGGGUCAUUUAUAUCAUUAAGAUCCGUGUUGGGAGACACUUGUCCUGUCUCCUAACGAAUAUUAUCAAAAAAUUUUUCUUGAAAGGUCGUCGAUAUAUUAUAAACCGUGCCAGGACAUUGUCCUGGAGAAUAUUAUCAGGAAUUAGACCUGUGGAUACUUGUAUAAUACUCUCAGUACUCUUCCCUCAGUUUCGAUUGAAUGGAUUUUUGUAUGCUUAGACACUUCUGAAUAGAGACCUAUUUUUUUUUUAUAUAUGAGGUUGAAAAUGUACCAUCUCAUGAUGUGGUAUUUAUUUCUUUACUGGGUGGACCAGUAAGAUACAGAAAGACCUCGGUCAAAUGACCAAAAACUUCGUUGAGUGGGUCAUGUGUGACAGAAGACCUGAAUCAGGAUAAAUUUUCUUCUUUGGAGAAAUCAAAUACCUCUGUAAUCUAUGCAGGUCUCCAAAUCAUCGACCUGGACUAAAGAUUUUAAGUGGUUAAGUCGCCUCGCUUGUUUGAAACACACUCUUGUAGUUGCUUCAUGAGGAUGCAACACACUCUUGUAGUUGCUUCAUGAGGAUGCAACACACUCUUGUAGUUGCUUCAUGAGGAUGCAACACACUCUUGUAGUUGCUUCAUGAGGAUGCAACACACUUGUAGUUGCUUCAUGAAAAUGCAACACAUUGUUGCAGUCGCCUCAUGAAGAUACUAUACAGCUGUAGUUGCUUCACGAAGAUACAACACACUUAUAGUUGCUUCAUUAAGAUGCACCACUAUCGUAGUUGCUCCAUGGAGAUGCACCACACUAUCGUAGUUGCGUCAAGGAAGAUGCACCAUAAUUCAUUUACUCCCUGAAGACGCCAUUAUGUGACGUAAUAACUCAAUACUACUUUACUGUAGCAUAGAGAGCCGUAUCUUCCAUUUCCCAAAUGAUCUACGACCCCCUGCGGAUUUAGCGUUCCCCGACGAAUCUAACCAUCAACACUAAUUACUGAUGAUGGACAAAUUACGAAUAAUCUUGGAUAAAAAGAACAUUAUGAACAGAGACUUGAACAAUCGUACACAGUUAAUCGGAUCAUGAUCCAACACCACAUAUAUAAUCAUUAAUUUCACUAUAAUCUUAAAAAGAGAUUAUAUUUCACCAGGCCCGGUGGCCUGGUGGCUAAAGCUCCCGCUUCACACACAGAGGGCCCGGGUUCGAUUCCCGGCGGGUGGAAACAUUUCGACACGUUUCCUUACACCUGUUGUCCUGUUCACCUAGCAGCAAAUAGGUACCUGGGUGUUAGUCGACUGGAGUGGGUCGCAUCCUGGGGGACAAGAUUAAGGACCCCAAUGGAAGUAAGUUAGACAGUCCUCGAUGACGCACUGACUUUCUUGGGUUAUCCUGGGUGGCUAACCCUCCGGGGUUAAAAAUCCGAACGAAAUCUUAUCUUAUCUAACUCUGCACAGCUACAAGGAACACGAAAUGAAUGAAGAUAAUUGAAAUUUAAAGCACUAUUGGUAAUCAAGAAAUAUUUAUAAUAAUUACAGCUGUACUAUUGAUUAAAAAAAAAAAUCUAAGAUUACUGCAAGUGUAUCUCAGUAAACAAAAGUAAGACAAUAAUUUACUUGUUAAUUAUUUCAUCAGAUGUCAAUAAUUAAGAUAUUAAACCAGUUCUAAACUGUAGGCAGAAAAUAAUGUUCCAUUAUUCCCAACACUGUCUUGUGAAACAUUGUGACAAAAACUUUAUUAAUAGAGAAAAGAAGUUUGCCAAAACGUUGUAAUACGAACGAUAUGAGAAGCUAAAUGAAUAGGCGGCCAAUAUUACCUGAAUAAAAACAUAUAUUAACAUCAUUGAACUAAGUGAAUAAUGCAUGAAAAAUGGAAAAUUACAUUCUAAGGUAUUAUCGUACUGUGGGAAAAGUUAAGACGUGAUAGAGUGGGGAAAAAAAUUCUGGAGGAAUCCUGUUAGUGGGAUAAAACUGUAAUCUGACAAGGAGACAAAAGUCAGGGUAAUUCUGAGAAUUAUUAGUGUCUACUCCACACCAGGUCAACUGUUGAAAGAAAACCAAGAGACGGGAGCCGAGGCAGGAUGCUCAUCUCGCCAAAGGUUGGUGAUCUCUGUGGGCUCAGCAACUGGCUUGUCUCCCUCGCCUUCUUCCUGCUGGUACAUCUUGAGCAGACUGUGAGGUGUGAGCAGAGAACUACGGUGUCAGCAACUUGGCUUCAACACACUCUCCAGUUACAGCCCCUUGCGCGUCCAAGAUUUCCUCCAGUAAGGCAGGAAAAUAUGGAAAUUGGGAAGUAUAAAGCCAGAAAGCCAGUGAUGUAUAAACCUCCGACAGAUAUGAAGUCUGAGCUUCGGAGACCUUUGAAUGGUCGAGAAUCAGAACCCAGAAGUUACAGAAGACCUGUGAUAUAUGGAGCUCCGAGACAUGAAAGUCAUAGUACUCAAAUACCAGUGAAGUACUUGCCACGGAAACCUGUAGUGUACAACGCCUCGUGGUUCCCUGGAAAGACCAUCACAGAGAGAACCACACUUUAUUUCCCUACAGAAAGAACAUCUACCAGAAAUUCUUCAAUGGAGAACGAAUAUCUUCCCAUGAAUUUUGGGUUCUUGAAAGAGCUUCCCGCUAGAGGAUCUGCGGGAGGUUUCCGAGAACAGACAGGAAAUCAAGGAACCUUGGUGAGGGAUCAUGCUGGGCGGAAAGUUUCCCCAGAUGACUGGAAGUUCUCCGGAAGUCUUCGUGGUGGUGAUUCCAGACGACUGAGGCGAAGCAGACAUUUAGCUGGAAGAAGCGAGGAGACACAGCAGUCACCACAUAAUAAACAAUGGAACAAGAUUGAUAUAACGUCACCAUCUCCUUUUACAGAUAAAAAUGAGGGCAGGCGAAAGUUUUUAUACACGAGAAGGAAGAAAUUAACUUUGAAAAUUAAAGAAAAACUCAAACUAAUACAUAGUGAGAGGGGAUUUGUGAUAGAUUAUACGAAAAGAAAGAAAAAAGUCAGAGAAAAGUGUGAGUCUGAGACAAAUGCGACACGUAAAAACAUAAUGAUUAUAAGUGGCCCUCAUAGUAAAAAGUUCUCGAGCCAUGAGAGUGAAAACAUUACAAGUGAUUUGCCCAAUAACUUUGAUAAUAAUGGGAGAAAAGAAGACGAUAUUAAGAACAGUAGCUGGAAUCAAGACUCAGUGGCUCUGGGACAGCAUACCCACCUUACACCAGCUGCUAGUGCCAUAGUAGCAAGAAAUAAAUUUGUGAGCACGAGAUUAAAUCUAUUAGCGAGGUCUUCAAACUUCCCUGACGACGCACGAGGGUUCCAGGAAAUGAUUGAACAUGAGCUGCCACUUCGAGUGGUCCCAAAGUGGCAUGCACGUAUGAAAAGAAGCUGGAAGAUAAAAAGCUCUACACCGACCCGGGAUCUUUACAAGGAGAACGAGGGUGGUUCACUCAGUCGCAACGGCGGUCGUUACCUGCAGUACUUCUCUCCAGUUGAAACAUAUCUGGAUACGACACACACAUCGGCCCACACAGAGAAGAAAGACAAUACUCACGUGGGAGUAGUUUUACACAAAAUACUACAGAUUUCUCAUAUAUGGCAAAGGGGAUUACAGAGACUCCAAAGUUCCUCAUACCCUUUACCCUGCGAGGUGAAAGUCAAGGAGGAUCUUAACCCAGAGCCCGAUAUUCUAUAUCGACCAGUGAGAAGACGGCUUCUGGCCAGGGACGUUUCCAAGUGCCUGCUGUAUCAGCCAACGAGAAGACAGCUGUCUUGGGACAGUACCAAGCAUCUUCAGUAUCGCCUAACGAGAAGACUACUCAGUCUGUUGUAUCGACCAGUGAGAAGUUAUCUUGUGGCCUUGGACAGUUUCAGGCUACCAAUGAAAAGUCAAUUCUUAUUCUUGAACAGCUCUAAGCAGCCAAUGAGAAGACAGCUCUUGACUUUCUAUAGUUCCAAACGAUCAAUGAGAAGGAAACUCUUAUCGUGGGACAGUUCCACUCAGUUUGUGCCCCGUUCCCUGGGACGGGGUCAAAGGAAGAUAAAACUACAUGACAGUGAAGUAGACGGAUCUCUUGCGGUGAAUGAAAACACUAACGGAAAACCUGUGCUCAGAAGCAUAGUGGAGCAAGCUAAGAUGAGACUAAGUAAAACAAAAACAUGCAAUAUAUCUAUAGGUCUUAAGAAAAGUUUACAAGCGAGUACUAAAUGUAAAAUAGAAAAUCCUGACAGUAUAAGUGCAAGAAAAAAUUUCGAACUAUCAGAUGACAAGAGUGAUACAACCAACACAUAUACUAAUAGAGCUUCUUGCAAUCUGUCGACGAUUCUAUGCUGGACAAGAGAGAGUAAUAAUAUCUAUUCAGAAGAGAUUGUAAGAAUUAAAACCCUAAUUUUCAAUACUGAAAAGGAGUCAGAUUCCCUUACUCAGGAAAGUGAAAACUACAUUUAUUCAGCACCAGUUCAUUCCCUAUGUUUUAAUAGGCUGCACCUUACAAAGAAUGAUAGGCUAUGUUUAAUAUUAACUCUCCGGGUGCCAGGUAGCCAGAGAGUAAUCAAAAUGUCCUUGAUGAGGUUUGAUAAGUGUGUCAGAUGCACGUUCACUUCGGAAUGUCAAGCAUUGGGAACUGUGUUCAAUGGUGGCAGUAGUCGAGGCGAUGGUGGUGGUGGUGGUAACUGUUGGUACUGCAUUCAGGUUCAGCCUCCAUCUGGAAACACGAGCUGGUACACUAACUCAAGACAAAAACAAACUUUUCCUGGCAAACGUCACUUAAGAUGUCACAUUUGGCUCGGUAUCAGACCAUCGGGUUUAGUGACCAGAUACACUCGCAUCAUUACCCACCCAGGGGCGACUCCGCGGCCACUGACCACUGUUAUGGGUCGUUUACCUCAUCAUUUGAUGCUGCUUUGUACAGUAAAAAUUGACAACACCAAGGUCAAUGACCUGCCACGGACACGGACGAUGCUAAUCAAAUUCUCAGUGCCACUAAUGGCGCAGGUCCAGCUGUCAGAUCUUCGAAGAGCGAAGAUCCAGUUUCUCAGGAUUAAGAACGGCACAGAUCCAGUUCUCGGGACCACGAACCUCUGA